AUGGAUGCACGACAUGCCGAUGAAGAUGAGUUGAUCCGAAUUCCCGAUCAAAUGUCAAAGAAAAAAGGCCAGACAAAAAAAAGAAAACUUUCGCCCGAGACGGAGUUAUUUCAAGAUAGUGAGAAUCAAUUGAGUUUAGAUGAGCCCAAUUCUCCAUUUUUAUCAAAAGUUCGAACGGCAUUGAAACUCAAUAAAGAGUUAAAUGAUGUUUUUCAAGAAUUAAAACAACUUGCUUUGAAUCCGAACCGAAGUCAAAGCUUUCAAGACUCACGAUCUUUCACUUCAAGUUUCAUUAAAAGAUCGAUUUCGCCAAGUUCUUCACGCUUAAACUUCUUGAAUCAAACAGAAGCAAGCUCUUUGGGUAUAUCUACUUUUCCGAAUGAAAAAGAAGCAACUCCGAGCUUCGUGGAUGAAACAGGGGCAAGUACUUCAGGAAUAUCUACUGUUUCGAAGGAAAACGAAGCAGCUCCUGCAUUUGAUUCGAUGUUGGAUGAAAAUGAUUAUAGUGAUGGAGAAAAAAACAAUAUUAGAGAGGCUAUGGAAACUGAUGACACCAAAAUAACACUAAAAACAUCAAUUAUUUUCUGUUCACGAAAGAGAGUGCCGGUGAAAAGGCCGUUGAAUUGUUCCCGGAGAGUGAUGUUUAUAUCGAUAAAGAUAUUUUAAAAGAUAUCAAACACACUAAAGCCUCAUUGCACACUGUAUUAGAGCGUACACUAAUGUGUAAUAUAUUUACAGAAGAAGCGCUUUUAAAAUUCCACUUGCCCUCUUCGAGGAGCAAAGAUAGUCUCCCGAAGUUUGCUGUCGAAGCCAUUUUGGGUAAGAUGACACUAUAAUUACUUUUAUAAUGAACAGUAUUAUUAAAAGUAUAAAAAUAUAAUGGUUAAAAAAUUUGUUUGUUUUCAGAGUACGCUCGAAAAACAGCAAAAAAUCGUAAAUGGGCGGUUAGUGAACCUCGCGCGGUAAAAGAGAGUCUUCGAUGCAAAAAUAAUACUUUAACUUAUCAGCAGCGAUUUUUGAAAUUUAUUUCUACUAAAAGGUUGACUUAAAUGGACUUGGAAACUUAGUUACGUGGUGUUAUAUUUUUUUAGACUUAAGGUUAACUUGGAUCUACCAACAAAUUUUUUAACUUCCUGUAGUAUUUUUUGAGAUAAAUUUUUAGGAAAAAUUUAACUGGAAUCUACAAGGAAGUUUUUUAACCUUCUGGUAUAUUAUUUAAGGUGAACUUCCACGAAGAAGUUGACCUGAAUUUACUUGGAUACUUGGUAAACAUAAUUUAUGACUUCCCAAUGCUUCAUUUUUGCCAAAUAGUAAUCCACAAAUAAACAGGAAGUAAUUUUGCAUUUUCAUCACAAAAUUACGGGUAAAGAACAAUUUUCGGAAA